AAUUUUACCGGUGAAAAUUUGGUGGGUGAUGCUAGACUCGUGCAUUCGGAUGUCCUUUUUCAUUACGUCGGUAACAAACAAGUAUUCCUUAAUAUUUUACAAACAUGUCUUCACUCGAACACUACCCUGGUUACUUUGGAGGUGAUUUAUAAAAGAAAGAAGUUGAGAGUCAAACGAACCCAUGUUCUCGGAAGCCUAGGUAUUUUAGAUGAAGCCGGGAAAUAUAAUGUUGGAGAUCUCAUUUCAGAAGGGCUUUCGGACUUUUUCCUUGUUGAUGUAUCAUCCACAUUCAAACGCACUUUAGAUAGCACAAUACUAACUUCUUCCGAGAGGAUUAAGAAGAUCAGAAACGUAGAGCCGGGUCAAGGAGAGGAUGAUCAUGAUGAAAGUUAUGAGAUAGAUAAUUUCUUUAAAAGUCCUUCCGAAAAAAAAUCAUCCAAUCUGUUUUUGCAAGAAAAGGACAACUCAGUCAAGAAACAGCAGAAAUCAAGCAAUGAACGGGGUUCCAACGAAGCGGAUGACGAGAAAGACAAGGUCGAGUCUGAAGCACGCGACUCCAUUUUUAUAUCCGAAGAAAAUGAUGAUUCAGGAUUUUUUUCUUUAGGUUCACAACCCGUAUCCUUCUGUAAUGCAAGUGAUACCGAAGAUGGUUCCGAAAAUAAACCGUUUUUAGUAUCCGAGGAAGAGUAUGCAUAUUUACAAGAAAUUUUAAACGAAGGUGUAAAUUACAAACUCCCAAUGAACGAAAUCGGAGAAGACGUUUCUAUACGUAAAAAAGCAAAAAAGAUCACGAAGGGUACUUAUAGCGUGGAGCAUCCGCGAUCAAGAAAUAGCGAGAAGUCUUCCUUCGAGGUUCCCUCUGAUGAGAAUGCUAAGGAUCCUGAAGACGACGAAGAAAUUAAGUUUGAUUUAGCAGAUAUUUCGAUAGAGCUGGAAAAAGAACCAACAUGCAAAUGGGAAGUUGGCUGUAUAAACGUAACCGAUCGAUUUCGGCAAUAUCAAAAAGAAGUGAUCAAGAGGGCGGAGAGGGAGGGCUUGAAAUAUGAUAAAAUCUACGAGCUUUUUGUAGCUGAUUCACAUAUUAACUAUGAUCUUCCUAGAAUGCGUGGGAAUGAGAUUCCAUCAGAUUGGAAAGAUCGAAUUUGGGACACAUUAAUGCCUGUUGCAUUAAUGGACGGUCUUGAGAAAUACCCUAUGCGACAUAAUGCAAGUGUACCUGAAAUUUUGGCCUAUAGAUUUGAAAGAAGCUGUGUUUUGAUUGAUGCUGAGGAAUAUUUUAAUUCUGUUUAA